AUGAGAGCCGUCUCCAAGAUCCUUUUAAGGUCGCGCAGUCUACAUCUACCCAGGUCCACUAUCUUUGCCGCCAAGUUCUCCUACAUGAGCGCUUUACGGAGCAGCACAGCACGUCUGCUCCUCGAACGCGUCAAGGAAGAUGAGCGUAGCCAUGUGGUGCAGCAGCUAGCUUCUUCUCUAGAUGAGGAGAGUGGUAGGGCUGAUGUUGACCUGACUGCUACAUUACUUGGUCUCCAUCAUGACGAUGCAGCGCAUAAGGUACUGCUAUCACGUCUUCAAAGACUAAUUGAACGUGGAGAUUACGAUCAAGUGGCUGCGGUCUGCAAUGACCACCACGUGCUGUUACAAGCAGUCUGCGUUAGCGCAAGCAAAGAUGUGUCUGAUCUUGCUGAGGGAGUCCAAGGCUCACGCAGCAAAUGGAUUGCUGUGGCCACAAGCCCCCGAGCUGUGAAAGGCCAACGGAAUGGCAUGACUGGCGAGAAUGACGAGACCAUGACAGUAGCCAUCACAAGGACUGUGCAGAUCUUGCAUUUUCUCAACCGGGUGGGGUUCACGAGCAUCGCGGACGACGAGAUCCGCAGUCUACUCGAGUCCUGCUAUGUCUUGGUCGGUGCGUCAGACAAGGGACUCUACACGGCAGCACAAGAGACAAUAUCUUCUAUGCUCGGAAUGCGCAGAAGUCUAUCGUUCAACGAGCAGCACAAGCUAUGGCAAUGCAUCCGGCACCUCGCUCGGUCAACUGACGUUACGUACGAGACCAUUGGGUUCUCGCUUUGGCUACGCUGGAUUUCGUCAAGUCCAAAUAUUGACGCGAGAAUAUUCUCUGACCAGGAGUAUUGGGACUUGACCGUGAGCGGUCUGCGAUAUGGUGACUCUGAGCGGCGCAAGGCGGCCCUGCAAAUCCUGAAAACGUCCGUGGGGAUGUGCGUCCAGGAUCCAGCAUUGAUAUCAGCCAUCACCAGUAACGGUGACCAUGUGCCAGCGCCAAGUGCGGUAGCCGAUCAAUACGCUCGAUACUCUACGGUCUUCGAGACCAUUAUCCUUGGUCGCUACCUGAAUCAAGUGAUGGAGUGCGAAGCAGACCUCGACUUUCUCUCCUCUUCACAGUCCGUGGUCAACCCGGUUUGGCUGUACACCCUUCUCACUUGUGCCUUCAAUCCGAAACUCCAGGAAUCGAAUCGCAAGUAUAUUGGCACCUGGAUCAUGGCUUCAAAGCCUCGACUCGAUGAUGUCGAUGUCUACCUCGACUUCUUUCGGCAAGCAUUCCUUCCUUGGGUCACGGGUGGGCACAUGUUCACUUCGACAUUGCACAGGGAAGGUGAGCUAACAUGCUGUGAGCAUGGUGACCGAUUGGCUCUAUACAUUGCCGAACUGUUGCAGAACACUUCAGCUGUUGCAAACGGUGUGGUCGACGCUAUCCUGGAAAGCGUCCUAUCACGGCAGGCCAAUAACUUUGCUUAUGCGAUCGCUUACCUGGUCGAAGGCAUCAGGCAAGCGUACUUAGCGAGUGACAAGCUGGUUCUUAGCACUGCUCAGCUGGAGAGCAUCGCGAGGAUCCCUACCUGGGCAGGACUACCGGAAGUCUCGCGCGACUAUAUCUUGGCCACCUCUUGGAACCUCAGUCACCAUUAUGUGCAAAGACACGGCGAGCAAGCCGCCACUAAACCGGUCACUUCCUCUGCACGGAAGUGGCAAGAAGUGCUCGAAAGGGCCACGGCACUGCCAUUGGAAGCAUCAGCUCAUGUCCACGGGAACAUAGCUUCAAUGGCUUUGGUGCAGUCAAAUCGAGAUAGGAACGAAGGCGAUGCUAUCCAGAAGGUGGUGACAGCAGUCGCACAGCUGGAGAGUGCCGAUCAGUCCAACGACGCUUUACGUCUGAAGGAGAUGCUUGAGGAUGUGUUCGAGAGUGCUGAUUAUCUGGAAUACCCAAUGUCGCUACUCACGGUUCUCCCAAUGCUGGUUCCACAUCGACGUCUGGUCGAACUCGCCUUGGCUGAAUCUGCAACGACAAGUGGUCUCGAUGAACUACUGACAGAGAAAGUUUCGAGGUUGCUGGAACUUGCACAAAAGCGGGCAUACCUUCUGGCACCGAUUGUCACUGCCGUCCGAGAUGCGUCACUGCAGAUACCGAACUCUUCUGCGAUGCUCAGGCUUGACCAGGCUGUUAUUGGCCUUGCAGAGCAUCCACCAGGUCUGACCAUAGACGCACGCUUGGAAGAUGCCAUCAUCCCUCUAUUACAAGGGCUCGACCCAGGAAUGACACGUUUCGAUCACAGCUUCUACUUUGGCCCUCGCCAAAGCUACGGCUACGCUGCUCUACUGGACCUAGUGAGUCGACUGGGGGCGGUCGAUCGACGCGUGAUCCAACAAGUCGCAGAGACUAUCCUGGAACGAUGGUCGACACAGAAGGUCCCCGCGCCUAGUGUGAGUCCGUGGAAGACGGGGCUGCAACUGCAAGUGCUGCUUCUCGCCCUUGAACAGUAUCUCCCGUACGUCGACCAUGAGGAAGCAAUGAGCGUUGUGAGUGAUCUGUAUCACAACCUUUCCGUUGAGCCACUGCCGAAAUAUCGGUAUCUGCUGGAGUGGAUGAUAGCUCGUGCAUACAUCCACCAUCCGGGACUGAAAAAUGGCAUUCUGGACCACUUACGCACCAAAGAUCAUCACUCAAAUCCAAAAUUCCUGGCAUCGUUGAUGAAGCUGGGUGUCACGCUCGCCAAAGUUGAAGGCUCGACUGAAGCGUUCGCGUUCGAUCUUGCUGCCCUAUUCGUACCCAUGGCAGCAUCUUCAAAAGUCGUGAUUCGGCACGAGGCGCAAUGGUCGGUCCCUAACCUCAUGGACCUCGCGAGGGAGAGGAAGUGGGCCACCAUCACCAGUAAUACUGCACUGACCGAGCUUGAUGCGUACAUCCGCAGCCUUGAACGAUUUGGGGACCCGCCUCUCGAACGGCAGAUCGACAAGCUAGAUCCCGUCAAAGACCAUACCCUAACCCAUCUCGUGGAAGGACCAUGGUACGAGCUCGAUCACGUUGAGCAGCGACAAACGAGUCGCGAAGACUUUGUGGCUCUGUACGCCAAGGAUCCUGCUUCAUUGCCGCCUUCAUGCAUGCCGCUCGGUGACCCUAUACCCUCUGCCAGAUCCACAACGCCCUCGGCCAAGUCAAGCAUCCUGCCAAAAACCAAGGACGACAAAAUAAGCCGCAACAUCACCACCAUAACCAACGCCCUCACCUCCACUUCCCUCUCCACAUCCACAACAGCCCUCCAAACCAAAGGCGCCGCCUACCUCUCCUCAACCCGCACCCGCCACACCACCCUCCUCGUCAUCGCCUCCCUCGUAGACAACCCCUACAACCUCGGCGGCAUCUCCCGCGCCUCUGAGAUCUUCGGCGCCGGCACCUUCUUCGUGCCUUCGACGAACGUCCUCUCCAACAAAGACUUUACCUCCACCUCCGUCUCUUCGCAUUUUCACUUCCCUAUCCUGCCCCUCCCCGCUUCCGACCUUGCGACAUUCCUUGCCACGAAGAAGAGGGAGGAGGGGUAUAAGGUUGUGGGGAUUGAGCAGACGGAUCGGAGUGUUAUACUUGGUGAGAAGGAGUGUGUUCUGCCGGAGAAGUGUGUUCUGGUUUUGGGGAGCGAGAGGGAGGGAAUUCCGGCGCAGGUGCUGGGGGAGUGUGAUGUGCUGGUGGAGAUAAGGCAGGUGGGGAUUACGAGGAGUUUGAAUGUACAGACGGCGGCGGGGAUCGUGUUGUGUGAGUAUGGGAGGCAGCAUGCAAAGCAGAAGUAG